AUGAUGAAUCGAGUCACCGUCUCGGGACUACGGCUCCCCCUAGCUAGCGCGCUGGUCCCCUAUCGAUCGCUUGCUCGUUUACCUGCUCACAGCUGCCGAGGCUUUGCGACGCAACACCAGCAGACGACAUCCGAAACCCGCCGUCGGUCCGUAACGCCCUUCAACGAUAAUGGAAACGUUCCCUGGUCCGAACUCUCCGCGAGCGAGAAAACGGGUCGUGCCGCCCAGCAGACUUUCAACUUCGGCAUGGUCAUCUUGGGGGUGGCAUUGACGGGCGGGGUGGUCUAUGUUUUGUACUCGGAAGUGUUUGCCCCGGAAAGCAGGACGAACUAUUUCAACCGGGCCGUCGAUCGCAUCCGAACCGACCCUCGCUGUGUCGAGCUGCUAGGCAGUGGCAAGAAGAUUACAGCAUAUGGCGAGGAAACAAACAACAAGUGGCAAAGAGCCCGGCCCAUUGCGUCAACAAAAAGUAAAGAUGGGCAUGGGCUUGAACAUAUGAUGAUCGAAUUCAAUGUCCAAGGGCCGAAAGGCACAGGGCGAGUUGGGAUACACCUAGUUAAACGUCCCAGUGACGCCGAGUAUGAGUAUAAAUACUUUUUCAUCGAUAUUAAGGGCCACGAAAGGAUAUAUCUGGAAAAUGCAGAUGCGUCCAAGGCAAAAGACGCCCUGGCCAAGGGCUUCAAGAUGUUUGGUGUCAAGUGGAGCUAG